CCAAUCUUCAUUCAUAUUAAUUAGUUAGUGUACCCUGCUGCCUGUGCACAUUCCGCCUCCGCCACCGCUCACCUCCGCCCAUCCCGGCCAUCUCCGGAGUUCGGUUCCUGCAUCUGUACUGUGAGAUCGAUCCCAGCAAGGUCGAUGUUGGAUGACGGUACCGAGAGCUGCCCCCACCACGGUGAGAGCAGCUGCCGUCGCAAGGCCCUCAUUGGUGCGCUGGCAGCUGUCUUUGUGAUCCUCGUCAUUGCUCUCAUCCUCUGGUUCGUGCUCCGUCCCCACAAGCCGUCGUUCGUGCUCCAGGAUGCCACUGUAUACGGCUUCAAUGUCGGCACGUACCCGUACCUCCUCAACGUCACCUUCCAAGUGACGGUGGUGUGCCGCAACCCCAAUGCCCGCCUCGGCAUAUACUAUGACAAGCUUGUUGCUUAUGCCUCUUACAGGGACCAGCAGAUCACGCUCCGCACGGCGAUCCCUCCGUCGUACCAGGGUCACAAGGAGGUCGAUGUGUGGUCGCCGUUCCUGUUUGGUUACUCCGUGCCAAUCGCGCCGUACAAUGCAGCUGCGCUGAGCCAAGAUCAGGGGAACGGGAUGGUACUGGUGAUGAUCAAGUUGGUCGGACGGCUGAGAUGGAGAGUCGGGAGGAUCACAACGGGGGGCUACCACAUUGUUGUGAAGUGCCCUGCAUUCAUCACCUUAGGGAGUAGAAGCAAAGGGACUGCGGUCGGGGGAAGUGCGGUGAAGUAUCAGAUGAUGCAGAACUGUGUCGUGAACGUCUAAAAGAUUUCUUGGCAAAUAAGAUCGGUUGAUCCAAGUUCGGAGUAUCACAGUUGAGAAAUCACGUGGAACUUGAGACUUCCACGUCUAGGCACAAAUUUCGAGUAUACUCGGCAGUUGGCAUGCGAUGGAGAAUGUUAGCGUCCAAGCUUUACAUGUACUGAGCCACAAAUAAAGAUUCGUUAAGUGACAGUAAUUUUUAUAGUGAUUUUAA